CCUUCUUUACAAUUUACUCUCUUUUUUUUUAUUAUUUUUUUUUAAUUUUACAGUUGCAAAAUUAAGAAACAGGGAACUGAGAGCUCUUACCGUCUUCAAUUCUUACCCAAAUAUAUGUAUGUAUUAUGAAGAGGUUUUGAUCAGAACCCAGUUGUGACCUGAAUACUCAAGAUGACAAAUCUUGCAAGUGAAGCAAAUCACGAAAUUGAGCUGGCGGAGGAAGACAAAGAAGAGAGGGAGAGUGCUGCCUGCAAUGUUUCAGAGCAACCAAACUCAAAUUUUCUUGUAGAGCUGAACCUCCUGAUUAUGGUUCUUUCAUUAUUUUCUUUAUCAUCAGGAGAAUGCUUAAAUUGCAGGCAGAAUGAUAUAAAGAGUAUCAAAGAUUAUGAACAUGAAGCAAAGGCCAGGAUAUCAAGAUUACAAACCAGAAGACAAGAAAUACACCAAGUUAAGCAUCUGGGAAAACAAGCGCAGAGAUUUCAACCAGCCAUAAAGGAUUGCAGGCAUGGUAGAAAAAUGUAAAAAGAACGAUACCAUGAAGAAGGAAAAGAAAAAAAAGGCAGUGUUGCCUGAAGGAUUUGAAGUAGCUCAAACAUUAUUGUGAGACUCUACUUUAAUACCUCAAUAGUAGUAACAUCAUUGUGAUUACCAAUCCUAUAGUAAACAAGCACAAACGUUAUUUAUUUAGAUUUCUAAGACUAUUAAAUAUAAGACUUCUUCGGUAUUA